AUGACAGACAUUGAAUUUAACCCUAAUGUCAUUUACAAUAAGCUCGUAAGCUUACGUGCUAAGCCACAAUCGAGUGGCAAGGCAGCGAAUGGAGAAUUGCAGCCGGUCUCUUCUCUUCGAAUCGAUGUUGCAUCCGUAACAAAAGAUGUUAAUCGUUUCCGUGCUUGUGAUGGUAGUGCUUGCUUUUAUUGUCGAGAGUGGGCAAUUUUCAUCUACAAAAAGAAUUUUACUUGGGUAGCGAAAAACGCUACCAAUAAUUCAAUUAAAGGUGAUAAUUCCGUAAAUGAACCAGAUGAACCAAAAAAAAAUGCUUCAAUCAUUUGUCAACAAUUUAGUGAACUUAUUAUCAAACAUAAUGAUGAGAAAACUAGAACAACUGGUUCAGAUAGUAAUUCGGAAAGUAUCAUUAAUGAUAUGGUUCAUAAAGUUUUUGCUUGGAUAAAGGCACCUAAUCGUUUAUAUGUUGUUCCGGAUAUUUUCUCAAAUGUUGAAUUUGAUAUACCGAAGCCUAUUUUACCAACUUAUGAUAAAGAACAUAAAGAACGUGAUCUUGUAUGUAUACUUGAAUCUAUUGAGAUUGAAAAAUCUCAUUAUCAAAUUUCCAAACAACAUUUUCCUCUAUUGAAAUUGACGAAUCCACCACAACAAUGUCAUCAUACAAGGCCAGAGUGGAAAGUUCCAACUGACCUUGAUCUUGAUCGUCGUGUAUUCAAUGAUCUUUUAUUUAAAGAGAAAUCUCAAAAUAAAGAAUCAUUAAAAGAGAGUUUAACUCAAGUUUGGUCAUAUGUUACCAAUUUCCUAACAUCAAUACUUCAAAUAGAAGCAAAUAGAGAUCUAAUUUUCGGUAAAGGUUGUGUGACAAAUAUGGAAAAUUUCAUGAAAGAAUAUCAAGAUGAAUCACUUCCUUUCAAAGAUUAUUGGGCACCCAUUGCUGAAGCAUAUAAAAAGACACCAAAAUCAAAAAAGGCAAAUACAUCUACAACAGACCCUGUGGAUGAUAUUGAUGCCGCUUUUAGAACCUAUAUACAUAAUGCUAAAACAGUGAUUUCAUUUUGGGAAGAAAGCUUUAUUGAAAAGGCUUUAACAAGUGCUGUUCAAUUCAGUGAAGAAACACAAUGUACUGUACUAGGAUUUCUUGUUGAUUUUCAGAAUAGAAUAUCAAAUAUUCCAAUCGAGGAAUCUCUCGAUGAUAUUUUAGCAAAAUGUAAAGAUGCUUUAACUACGGUUAAAGAUAUUAAAUUAAUGGUAUCGAAAAGGAUAUCAAUUCUACGUUCAGAUAUCUCUAAAAAGAGUAAAGAGUUGAUUCAAGAACUUGAAGCACUUGAUGAAUCCUGGAAAACUCAAUCCCAACGGACAACUCAAGGUCGAUUGGAAAAAGCAAAUAACAAAGAAUUUCGAAAACGAAUCAAAAAAUUCGAAAGCACGUUGCAAUCAACGAGACAAACGGCAAUAACUGCAAUCAGUGCUUUAUUUCCGAUCACAAACCUUGCAAGCGUAUGCAACAAUUGCUUAGAGUUGUUAAUGACUGAAGGCGAAAUUAUGGAAUCCAUUCAGUUGGAAAAACAUUAUAAGAAUUAUGAAGCUACCGCUAAGAAAUUUCAGGAACAACGUGAAGCUCUUUUAAAAGACUUUGAACAGGGUGUUGAGACCGGUCGUAAGGUGUUAUCUGGAAUUUUUGGACGUUUGUUUCUAAAAGAAGCUUGGGGAUUGAUAUCGGACACUUUAGCAUUGAAGAAACAAGAUUCUUUUUUGCAGUCAAUAGAUAAGGGAAAGACUGAAACUGUGAAAAAAAAGAAAGUUGAUAAAGAUGCUGGUAGUAGUGCAUCACAACCUGUGGAUAAUCCUGUUCAAACUGAUGUUUCAAAAAAGAGCAAAAAGAAAAAACGAAAGAGUUCUAGUGGUGUAACUACAAGUUCAUCUGGUGAUAAUCAAUCAGUUAUUAUACAGCAAGAUAAUAAUCUAAUGCCAUCACAAGAACUUGAACCUCAAUCAAAUGAUCCUUCUACAUCACAGGAUUCUUGCCACGCUGAAGAGCAAAAAACUUUAACAGACACGAUGACAGAUAAUUGUUUAAAUAAUAAUACAAAUUUCAUUCAAUCUAUAAACUUGGAAAGCACGAUCAAACCUCCAAUCUUAGAUUCAUUGCAAGAUUUCCCAGAACCGCAAACUACACAUCCAGAUGAACUUCAAGACAGUAUAUUGAACAAUAAUAAAACUUUCAACGGAGAAAAUAUAGCAAAGUCUCCAGUUUUAGAUUCAUUGCAAGAUUUUUCAGACUCUCAUCCACAUGAAUUUCAAGAACCUCCUCAGCGUCGUAUCUCUACACCACCUGGCCUUAAUACGAGUACGAACACAUCGCAAUCGAAUCAAUGCUCUAUUACUAAAGGGAAUCAUUCAACAUCCGAAGGUUUUAUGGACCUCGACAAUUUUAGUCGAGCAGAUUUAAUCAUACUUGUUCAAAAUCUAUUAAACGAAAAAACACAAUUGGUUAAAACACUUGUUUCCAUGCAACAAGAAGUAAAGGCUGUUACAGAUCGUUACACUAACUUGAUGGAGAUGAGCCGAGAACGAGAAUUUCAAACCUUUCAAUUAUUUGAAGCACACAAAAAACUAGAGAUGGAUGAAGCAGCAAAGUAUAUUCAAAAGCUGGAAGCGCGAAUCAGCCAACUAGAACAAAAUAAAGUUAGAGGUAUUAACGUAGAUCCAUGGCGUAGUCAUAUCGCCGGAUCUCGAUCAAACGUGAGAUGUGGAAAUUGUGGUGGUCAAAAUCAUCGAACUUUGUAG